UUACAGCGAAGCGAGCAGAGAAAUGACCAGACAUCUAUCAACGCAGCAGAACAAACGGCACAAACAAAUGCACAUGCAAACAUCAACGCUAUAGAUUUUGAGUUGUUGGUACGCGAAGCAAACCUGCUAAAGCGUGAAAAAGAAAUAUUGGAAAGAGAAAACGCAAUGCUUCAGCGGCAAUUGAGUGGUAGUGAAAUAGCGAGUAACACAAUAGUAACCCAACGAACAAUAUCAUUGGAUAUGAUACAAAAUAUGAUUCCAGAGUUCAGCGGCGGAACCAACGUUAGUGUUUGGGUGGCACAAAUUAAAAAUAUUGCUAGCGGUUACGAUAUUAAGGAAAAUGAGUUGCGCAUAUUGAUGCUAAACAAAUUGAAAGGCAAAGCACAGCAUUGGCUACACAGUAUUCCAAACUUUGCAACUGAAGAAUUGAACUCCUUAAUAUCUCAAAUGGAAAACGUUUUCGGCUCAAAGGAAAGCCGCGUGCUGUUGCGACGUCGAUUUGAAACUCGACAAUGGAAGGCCGGUGAAAAUUUUUCACAAUAUUUUAACGACAAAGAAAUGCUCGCAAGUCAGCUACAGCUUAGUGAAGAAGAGUUAGUAGAAUACGUAGUUGAAGGCAUAGCAGACGACCGGUUGCGUACCCAAGCUUAUUUACAGUGCUAUACAACAAAGGAGCAGCUAGGGAAGGCCUUCACUAAAAUUGAAGCAGGGCGAAAGACGACAACAACAACGACUACGAGUGUAGCUGGUGCCCAGAUGCGCGAUGUUAGAUGCUACAAUUGUAAUAGUCGGGGUCAUAUUGCACCGAACUGCCGUAAACCAAAACGCGACGUCGGCGCAUGCUACGCGUGUGGCAGUAAGGACCAUCGAGUGGCAGCAUGUACGGAUAAAAAGAAUAUUCAUAUGGUCGACGAAUAUAAUGUUUAAUUGACACAGGAAGUCCAAUCAGCUUCAUAAGGCGAUCAUACGUUAAAGACAAACUAAAUCUAAAAUCUUUAUUAAAGUUAAAUUCUUGCUACUUUGGUUUAAAUGAUAUACAAAUUGUAACUUAUGGAAAGUUUUUAUGUUAUGUCAAAAUAAAAAAUGAAUAUUUUGCAUUUAA